AUGGAAAUACCAAACUAUGAUAGUGGUGACAACCCAGAUAAAAAAUAUAAACAGUUAUUUCCUUACAUGCCAUCAAACACAUUUCGGAUGUUAAUCUGUGGAAACAGUGGAAGUGGUAAGACUAAUUUGUUAUAUCAUAUGCUAAUUAAACCACUACUGUAUUAUGAUGAAAUUUAUCUUUACGCUCGUAAUCUAGAACAGGAUAAGUAUCAAAAGCUAAUUCAAAAAAUGAGGGAGAUGAGUAGUAAACUGGGAUAUGAAAUACUUCAUGUAAGUAAUGAUGAAAUAACCCCAGUGUCAGAAAUGGAUUAUGAAGACAAUAAAAAACUUGUGAUAUUCGAUGACUACGUUUGUGAUCGCAACCAGAGACAACUGAUUGAUUAUUUCAUUCAAGGACGACAUAAGAAUUGUUCGGUGGUGUAUCUCAGUCAAUCGUUUUAUAAAACACCAAAAGAUAUUCGGCUGAAUUGUUCUCAUUACUGUUUAUACGAAUUUCCAUCAUCUAGGGAGGCUAAUAGAAUAUCAUCUGAGUUAGGAGUUAGUAAAGAAGAUUACCACGCAGCAACUGAAAAACCGUAUUCAUUUCUAUAUGUUGAUAAACCAAGAAAACGUAUUGCAAAAAACUUUACUGGUAAUCUAACCAAUAAUUAAAAUGGGAAUAUUUAACGAACAAUCUCUUGAUCAUCCCUUUGCUAAAGGAAUACAAGGUGCUCCAGGAGUUGGAUUUAAUCUCACUUCAAGUGGGGAUUAUGAUAUGAUAAAUAAAAAACUAAGAAAUGUUGGUGCACCUAGUAAUAAUACUGAUGCUGCUACAAAAAAAUAUGUAGACGAUAAUUCCAGUGGAUCACCCUCAACAUCAAGACUAACAGUUGAUUCAAACAUUGAUAUGAAAGAUACAUACCGAAUUCAAAAUCUUAUCACACCACAGGAUUCAAAAGAUCCAGCAACAAAAUGUUACGUAGACAACACAUUUCUUAACAGAGAUGGAUCUUACCCAAUGAAAGGAAAUCUUAAUAUGGACAACAAUCGAAUAUUAAAUCUGCCAGCUCCAAAUGGUGUUAAUCAACCAACACCAUUAGCUUUCACAGAUUUGAAGUAUCUCCACGUUGCUGGAACAAAUAACAUGACUAAUAAUCUAAACAUGGAUAAUAAAAAAAUAAUUAACCUUAGGCCUCCAACAGACUCCACAGAUGGUGCAACCAAAAAAUAUGUGGACGACUCGAUACCUGAUACAAGUUCUUUUAUAAAAAAGGAUGGAAGUGUUGCUAUGACUGGUAACCUUAAUGUUGGAAACAAAAAAAUAGUUGGUCUUGUAACUCCAACAUCAAAUACAGACGCCGCAACAAAGAAAUAUGUGGAUGAUAAUGCUGGAAGUCCAGAUUUAAGUAAUUAUUUUAAAAAAGAUGGUACCGUCACUAUGACUGGUAACCUUAAUCUUGGUAAUAAUAAAAUAGUUGGUCUCGCAACUCCAGUGUCAAACACAGAUGCUGCAACUAAAAAAUAUGUGGAUGAUAAUGUUGGAAGUCCAGAUUUGAGUGAUUACUUGGAAAAAGAUGGUACCGUCGCUAUGACUGGAAACCUUGAUCUUGGUAAUAAUAAAAUAGUUAACCUCAGUGACCCCGCCACAGAUCAACAAGCUGCUAAUCGCGGAUGGGUUCGUAAACAAAUAGAAAGGUUUGAUCAUCAUUCUGGAGAUGGAACAAGUGGUGUAUUUACCAUAACAGAUCCAGCUGCGCCAACGACUUUGUAUCUACAAUAUAUCUCAGGUUCAUCAUUUGAUGAUUUUGUUUUUACAACAUCAGCACCUGGCCAACCUCUUGUAGGGUGGACACCAACUGCUAACACAUACAUUAACAAAAUAGAAUUUCAAUUUGGUUCGCGAAAUAUAAACGUUGACUUUCUGUGGUUUAUUCCCAGAGAUGACACUCAUACCAAUUCUAACUUUUGGGUAAGUGGAAAUCGAACUGGCACUUGGUCAUUAAAUAUUCACAAGUCUUGGAAUUAUAAUAUGUCAGGAGUAAAACUACGAACCCAUAACAAUUCCAAUCACACAGCUAUCACUUGUCGGCUAUUCACUGAUCUACCAAAAGCAAUAACCAAACCACUUAAGAGAAUAGAAAUCAACACACCUAAAAUUGUAAUAAGUGGGGUUGUAAAAGCUGAUGUCAACCUUGGUGGUAAUAAUAUAAAUAAUCUGGGUGUACCAACCCAAGACAAUGAAGCAGUAACCAAAGGUUAUGUCGACAAUCUAGUUCAUAGUACUGCAGUUCAACCAAGCCAUUAUAAAGAUGAGUUUAGUUACCUCAUGUCAAGUGGGGCUCAAUGGACUGAUGAAACGGAUGGAGGGUAUAGAUUUGUUAUAACAAAAAUAGGAGAUUUAGCACCAAACAAAGGAAACUUUCACGACUAUAAUCACAAAGUAAUUUACGCGACUAUAUCAAAGUAUGGAUUUUUACAAAAAUAUAUUUAUAAGAUGGGAAUUAAUUUUUACAGACUAACUGCAAAUACCGAAUACACGUUGUGUUUGGAAAUACUCAACACUGAUUAUAAUCUUUGGAAUAAUACACGAAUAAGUGUUGACAAAGGAACUUCAAAAGGAUUAUCAAUUGGAAAUGUAAUUGUAAAAAAACUAUCCCAUAGGUAUACUGAUUCAACAAGGAAAACACAAACUAUGUACUACCACAGAAUAAUAAUUGAUUUCCGGAAGUUGUCAUCUGGGAAUAAGUUCUUUCUUCACAUUUUGGUUGAUAUUCUUCGGGGUGGAUAUAAUAUCUCUACGUAUCCGACACUUUUUAAAGGAGUUUACAUCAUUGCUUAUGGAAUUGUGGGUACAUUUAGCAAUAUCGACCCAGAUAAAGUUUACGACUAUCACACCGCAUUUGAUAUCAAACCAAAAGAAGUAGUGUACAACGUUGAUAUAAAUGCAAAUCAAAAAGAAAUUAAAAAUAUCAAACUUGACCGACAAAAUGAUAAUAGUGCUGCAACAGUUGCAUUAGUAAAAGAAGUAGCUCCUUUUACUAAAAAUGCUUUGUACAGAUUAUACUUUAGUGAGGUCUAUGACUUUGCUGAUGCGGAUAGCUUAUAUACGGAAUAAAUAUAGGCUCAUCUGGAGUUAUUAUUAAUUCUUUAAAACCUAAUAUUACACUACCUCAUAAUAAAGACCUAAGUGAAAUAGUAGAAAAAGGAUUACAUGUUAAUGGUUAUGAUGUUACUUUUUCUCCUUCACAUUCUUCAGUAGAUACUUUAUGUAUUGUUUUUACUCAUCGGAGAAAUAGGAGUUUUACCCUAACUAAAUAUUUAUCAACAAACAAUAAUAUUUUAGUAAAAUUGGAUUAUAAUAAAUCAAACAAUAAAGUAACUUUAACUGUCAAUAAAACAACUCAAAAUUUUACCAUGCUAAGUAGUUUUAACGGAAAAAUAAUUGUUGUAUGGCUAACAGAAAAUCUUAGUGCAAAUGUCACAAAAGUUUCAAUAAGUAACUACAGCUCAACAUUAACUAUACCAGCUGUUAAUUACAAUGCUAAUCAACGUUGGAAGUUUACAACUGAAGAUGGAGUGUUAAUAAGAUUAAUAUACUCUCCAAACUUUUACGACACCGACUCUGAGCAAUUUCACAAAGUAAUGCUUCAAGAAAAGUUAAGUGGAUCUUAUAUAAUGUAAAUAUAAAUGAAGGAUAUCUUUGAAUUUAAUCACAUUGAUAAAUCUUUGUCAGAAUCAGACGUCACAACUCUCAAAGACUUUUAUAGUCACUAUCACAAGAAAUACUGGUGUUACAAAAGGUGUUAUAAGAGUUACAAAUUUCUUGAUGAUGUAUUUUCUAUCUCUGGAAUUUGCCUGGUUGCAAUAGGAACUAUUACUGGUGGUAUUACACUAAACCCCAUUGUUCUAGGAGUUGUAAAUGGUGCUGGAGUUGUUGUGGCGGGAAUUGGAAAGAAAAAGAAUUAUAAGAGAAAAAUUGAAAUGUCAAGAAUUGCAUUUACUACUUAUGAAAAAGUAUUAGUAGAACUGCGAUCAGCACUCAGAGGAGAUGAGUGGAGUAAACAAGAUUUUGUUGAUCGUAUGAAACUAAUAGAUGAAAUGAUAAUUGAUCAGUCUCCUAUAGCAGAUAGAUUUGCUAGCAGGUAUAAUGAAAAAUUUAAUAUAAAAUAA